AUGAUUGAUAAACAAGUAGGAAUCGAGAAGACGCCGAAUAUUUAUGGAAGAGAACAAUCCAUACUAUCGUCGUCGUCAUCAUCAUCAUCGAAUAAUUCUUCAAAUACACAUACAGUUAAGAUUAAUCAACCGAAAUAUAAUGAAACAAGUGAGAAACAUUCUAAAAUUAAGGAUUCUACCAAAGGCUCAACAGUCGAUGAUACAAUGUUGCCUAAAUCACAACAACCUCUGCAAAAUAAUAAUCGUAACAAUACUAAUAAUAAUAAUAAUAAUAAGUAUAACGUGAAUUUACAAUCAGUAUGUUACAAAACCAACUAUCCACUAAACCGUUCCUUAAGUCAAGACUCUUUAUUACUUUAUAUGCAGAGAUUAAAGUUAACAAAUGAUGAAUGUGUAGAAUAUCCACAACUAAGAAGUCAAUUUUGUCAUCUGAAUGGAGUUUGUUCAUGUAUAUCACUUAAGUCAAGAAUUAAUCAAUUCAAUUACAAAUCAUCUCAUCUUAUAUCUUCUUCACCUUGUCUACUCUUAACAACAUCAUCAUCUUCAUCAACAGCAUUGCCAUCAUUACUGCAGCAUAACUUAAAAUAUCAUCGUUCAUUACCUGAUUGUAAGCUGACUAUUAACAAACUUUCUUCUAGUCAAACAGAAAUGAAUGUCAUUCAAAAUAUAUCAACAUCAUUGUUUGGAAGAUAUGAAUACACUGGUCAACAGUCGAAACAUUAUCACCAUCAUCCAGUAUCUAUACUGAAUACUGAUUUGAAUGAAAGUAACAUACAACAGGCUAUCAACUACGGAGUAACAAAUAAAAAUUCAACCGGAGAAACCGAAAAUAAUUUUGAAAUAAUUACUACUGAAGGCUUUCGUUUCUUGGAACACGUGAGCCCAUUAUGGUCACCUAGUAAGUGUUCAUCGCAUCAUCAUAAUCAUCAUCAUCAUCAUUAUCAUCGUCAACCGAAACAGACAAUGAUGAUGAGACCAACAAUCGAUAAAAAUCAGUGUGAAUCAUUAUUCUCACCGAAUUAUUCUACAAUAAAUUCAAGUAUACCAAUUAAAUCGAAUAGUAAUGACAAUAAUCAAGAUAUUGGUAUCGAUGAGAUUGUUGACAUGAACCAAAAUCUUUACAUACCAUCAUCAUCAUCACCGUCAUUCACCCAUAAUAAUAGAUUAUCAUAUAAUAAUAAUAAUAAUAAUAAUAAUAAUAAUAAUAAUAAUAAUGAUAAUAAUAAUAAUAAUAAUGAUCCAGAGGAGCCGGCAUUGAAUGAAAAAAUUCAACUAAGAAAAUAUCCUGGUCGACGUCAAAUUAUUUCACGUCAGUUAUACUUGAGAAAUUCUGUCACCAGCACAACGAUGACAACAACAACAACAACAAGUGAUUUGUAUUCUCGUCAUCAUCAUCAACAUCGUUGUCAUUCAAGAAUUUACUCUUCAUCACAACCUAGAAGAAAUAGUAGCAGUGGUAGUAAUCGAUUUGAUGUAAUGUCAAAUUAUCGUUCAACAUCUUUCUCAGCUUCUUCAUCGCCUCUUUCAUCUGCUGGUACCCGUACAUAUAUGAGUAUUGAAAAUUUAGCCAAUGAAUUACAAUCUCAUAUGAUGGAUAGUUUAAGUGAUAAAGAAUAUCAUGUUCGACGUGUACGUAGUCAACUGAGAAAACAACAACAGAUACCAAUUCAAUUAUUAAUUGAUAAUAUUCCUGUUUCUAAUGAUGUUACAACAAAUUUACCUGUUCCUUGUAUGCUUAAUUCUAUUGAUACAAAUGAUACUAUGAUUAGAACAACUUCGAAUCCACUCCAUGUACCCCAUGAUGAUGAUGAUGAGAAUAAUGCUAUUGGUGGUGGUUGUAAUGGUGAUGAUAUUGAGGAUAAAUCAUUAAAAGUGGUUACACAAAGAUCAAUUGGACAUAAUAAUGCUAAUGCAUUACAUUUGUAUACACCAAAUUCAAUGAUGUUGAUGACAUCAACUUGUACUACUAUAUCAAGUAUAACAGAGGCUGAAGUUGAUCUAAGCGAUGAUGGACCAGAUGCUACAUUCAAUGAAGAAGAAGAUGAAUUUCAUGUUUGGCCAUUAGAUGAUGAAAUGCCUGUUAAGUCUUUAAAUUCACCUGAACAUGAAGAAGGGGAAGAUGAAGAAGUCGUAGUCGUGUCAUUAAAGGAAUAGCACGCGAAUACAGACACACACACACACACGCACACACAUUACUAGAUUUCAUCUCAGCAGUUGUAAGUUCGAACCCGGUCCACUUUAUCAUGAUAUAUUCCACGUUAUCUAUACUCCUAUGACUGAAUGACUAGAAGGUGACAAUUGUUAUCCUCUAUUCUGCUGUACCUCAUAAAGUUGAGCAAUAUCAGGAUAACAAAGGUAAGUUUAAGUGAUUUCGGGAAGAGAUUAUCUUCAUUUCACCUGUUUUUUAUUGUCAACUGUUACACUUUCAAUGUUCAACUGUGAUCCUCCUUGGCAUGUU